GACUCCGAGCAGUUCCAAGAAUAGCCUAGCACGAGUUUAGAGGUGCCUCGGCGUCGGGCGACCGCUCCCUCCAUCUACAGUGGACAGAAAUCGUAUGGGGGCUGAGAGCGAGCAAGUGAAGUGAGUGUGAGUCGAGAGUGUGGAUCAAAUAAUGUCUCUAGAGACUCGAUCAAGUUCGGCUCUUUUCAAGAGGGCCGAACAGUUAAAGCGUUGGGAAACGUCGGAAACAAAUCGCGAACCACCCCACCCAAGGCAGAUUGAUCGUAAGAUUAAAUUCUCCGCGGAUUGUGUGUAUUUAGCAGCAUGUGCAGCGGGCGACAAGGAGGAGGUGAUUCGUUUGUUGCAGAAGGGGGCCGACAUCAACACCGGGAACGUAGAUGGAUUGACAGCCCUCCAUCAGGCCUGCAUUGACGAUGACUUGGAUAUGGUGGAGUUUUUGGUGGAACAGGGGGCGGAUAUCAAUCGUGGAGAUAACGAGGGGUGGACGCCUCUCCAUGCCACCGCCUCGUGCGGAUUCAUAUCAAUUGCCAAAUACCUGAUAGAACAAGGAUGCAACCUAGCAGCUGUGAACAAUGACGGUCAAUUAGCCGUUGAUAUUGCAGAGAGCAACGAAAUGGAAGAUAUGCUUUACAAGUUCAUCAACGAAGCUGGUAUAGAUAUUGAUCAAGCUAGGAGCGAAGAGGCAAGAUUAAUGAUGAUCGAUGCUAGAGCUUGGUGUAACGGUGCCCCAGGGAAAGACACAGUUCAUCCUAGAACGGGAGCUACCGCGCUUCACGUUGCUGCUGCCAAGGGAUAUCUCAAAGUAAUGAGCACCCUUUUACAAGCAUCCUGUGAUGUGAAUGCGCAAGAUCUUGAUGGAUGGACUCCCCUGCAUGGUGCAGCGCACUGGGGUCAAUUAGAAGCUUGUAAAAUUCUUGUUGAAAAAUUCUGUGAUAUGGAUAUAAAAAAUCAUUCUGGACAAACUGCAUUCGAUGUUGCGGAUCCAGAUAUCUUGAACGAUUUAGAGGAAUUGAGACAGAAACAAAUACUAGUGAACCAAGGAAAGACGCCUUCAAUGAAACGAGAAUUAACAAAUGAUGAAAAUCAAGUGGUCACUCCAGAAGGUCCGGAUAUCUAUGACAGAAAAACGCCAAAGGUACUGAAAGUUGAAGUAAAAAUUCAAUCUGACAAAGACGAUUCUGGCUCCACUACAAACAGUGACGUUGAAGGUCAAGUCGAAACGGACAUGGACGCGAGUGAUGGUGAAGGUGAUUCUGAGACUAGCUCUCAAACUCACUCUUCCACCAAUUCUGACCACUCUAAUAAAUCCAACCAAUCCGAGCACUCUGCAUGUUUGACAGAUGACGAAAAGAAGAACAGAGUGAACAGGGAUGAAACUGCAGCAGUGCUUCCCUCGUCACCAAUGGAAACCAAUAAAGUUCCUAUUCAGGCUCCAAUAUUGCCACCUAAACAACAGACUGAUAAUAAUGAAGAUGGAGCCAUCCCGUCCUGGCGACGCUCAGGCUCCUUUAGAAGUAGAAAUCAAGAAUCUGAGACGACAAAUUCCAUACCUACCAGGAUGGACGAGAAAGAAAAACCGUCUACCAAAUCACCCAGUUCACCGAACAAAAUAGCCCCAGAUUCAGAGGUAGUACUUAGAAGAACACACAGCUUUGAAACUGAUGAAAAGUUCUAUAAGCAGUAUAAGGCACUGCAAGCUCGCAUCAAGGCAUCUUCUUGCCCCAGUCUCCAUCGUUGCAAUCCAGCUUCUCCUACUCACACCAAUACUACGACUGCUCGUUCUGCGUCUCUACGAGAGACUCACAGGCGGAAAGAAGUGAAACUGAACUUAGAACUGACGAGGGUGCAAACUGGAUCCAUGCCACCUCCUACAUCUCUACCUAACUCAACUACUACGCCGGUAACUAAUUUCGUGUCUGCUGCAACGGGAACAAUCACAACAAGUCCGGCUCCAGCCAACCAAUUUCGUAGCAAUCAUCCAGUGGACACUGCCCCACCGGGUAUAUCUACUCCAAAUUCAACUACAGCGACUCCAGUUACUCCAACUACCCCUGGAGGAAGCAAGCUUAGUCCUGGAAAUAUCUUCAAGAAUUUCUUCAAAUCCUUUGUGCCACCAGUUCGUGACGAGGAGAGUGAAACACAAAGAAAAGCGCAUGCUAAGAGGGUACGAGAAACAAGGCGUUCUACUCAGGGGGUGACAUUAGAUGAGAUAAAGAGUGCUGAGCAGUUGGUGAAGAAAAAACAGCAACAAAACAGUGAAUCACCUGCUGUAACAGCACCCUCAACACAGCCUGCAGCUUCUGUGAGCAACUCAACCUCAAUCACAGCUACGAUAACAACAGCUACUCCUACCACAGUGUCUGCAAACAAGCCAUUCGAGGAAACCAAUUUGCCUGAGAGACGGCCCUCUUGGAGGCUCAGGGUAGAUAAUGGAAGCAAGUUCCAGCUGGAAGAUGCAAAUAAUAGAACAUCAACUGAUACUACGACUGCAUAUAUCAGAAGGCCAUCUGGUGGAGCUGGUGUCCCUAGACCAAGCUCCGCGCCGGUGGAAACCAUAGCAGCCAGUACUACCGAUACAACAAUCACUUUACCCUUAAGAAGACCUCUUAAGCCUCCGGAAGAUAAAGAACAAGAUAAGGAAAAUGAUAGCAGAAACGCGCAAGCAACACAAGCCGUAAUACAAAGGAGACGGCGGCCUAAGAGAAGAUCUACUGGAGUUGUCCAUGUGGACAUGGAUGAAAUUGAUCCGGAUCGACAGGACACGUCAGCCAGUGGCGAUUACGAAGAUUCCAAGGUCAACCACAAUGAGAGCGGAAACGAACGCUCUGGUCGCUCUAGCAGACUUGGCUCAGUAUCCUCAGUUUCAUCUGACACGCAAAAUCCACCACCCACCCGAACCAGAACUCCAACUUCUGAAAAUGGUGAACUUGAUUAUAAGAAACUGUAUGAAGAAUCGCAAGCCGAAAAUGAAAGGCUAAAGGACAAACUACGACGCUCUGAUGAACAAUUAAAAGAAACCAAAAGUUUAUUAGAUAAGGCACAAACUGCCCAAACUAAAAACUCUCUCUCUGAAGCUGAGAAGCGUGAGAGGCGAGCUAUGGAGCGAAAACUCUCGGAAAUGGAAGAGGAACUGAAGCAAUUACAAAAGCUCAAAGCUGAAAAUGAGAGAUUGAAAGCCGAAAAUCGGGCACUUACCCGCGUCGUAUCCAAACUCACCAAUACUACUAAAUAGAUGAUGGAGUACAUGAAAUGUGAAAAUCAGAGGCUAAAAGACGAAAACGGUGCCUUGAUUAGGGUGAUCAGUAAGCUGUCCAAGUGAAUUCACACAAAAAAAUAUAAAAAAAAAACCAUAACUUUUUAAUAUCUAAGUAGCAUUAUUAUACAAUUAAUAAUUACUUCAAGUAUACAGCAUUAUUAU